AUGACGGCAGUUGCGAGCCCGCCCACCUUCACCCAGCAUAACCGGCCGGCCUGGGGUAUGAACGGGAUGAAUCGUGGUGGACCUGGCGCUCAGAUUAUGAACCCCGACGAGCUCAACCGAAUGUUUAUGCCCCGGAAAAGCCUCCAAAGGAACAACUCUUCGUCCUCGCUCUCCUCCAACUCCUCCACGUCGUCCACCUCGACUGUUGCUACUUCCAACUCCCAGACGAAUGGCGCCUCCCCCAUGUCAGCAUCGGGGGAUUUGAGCUCAUGGCCCAACGCCGCAGCUACCGCCCAGCGGAAACGUCCCCAAGCCAAGGCACCGUGGCCAGCAUCGAAACAAGACGCCCAAACAGAUUUCGCGAGGAUGUCGGCUGGGCGUCCGCAGUUGGUUAAUGGGCUAAAUGGGUCUGCGAUGCAUUCAGCUUCGCCCGUUGUACCCUCUCAGGCUCUGAUGGCUGCGCAACAGGCCAUGCCUCGCCCCAUGACGGAGUCCAUACCUACCGGGAACCAGCCCGUUCUUUAUCUUUUGUCCCUCAACGGAACAUUUGAGCGCAAGACCAUAUCCGUACCAUUCUCCCCUGAUACCCUUAGGAUCGGUCGUCAGACGAAUGUGAAAACGGUACCCACACCUAUCAACGGGUUCUUCGACUCCAAGGUGCUCUCACGUCAACAUGCUGAAAUAUGGGCCGAUCGGCAAGGAAAGAUCUGGAUUCGGGACGUCAAAUCUUCCAACGGCACCUUCGUGAAUGGAACACGACUAUCCCAGGAGAACCGUGAAUCCGAGCCCCAUGAGCUGCAGACUGGAGACCACUUGGAACUGGGAAUCGAUAUCGUCAGCGAAGACCAGAAGACUGUCGUACACCACAAGGUUGCAGCCAAGGUGGAACAUUCGGGAUUCUUGAACGCGUCGAGUAAUCUGCUCGAUGUGAACUUCGGCGAUCUCGACCCAACAAACGGCUCAAUGAUCAUGAUGGGGCCGCAAGGUGCUGUGCCCGCCAGGCAGCGGAAUGGUAGUCAAGCGUCCAUGGCCAGCAAUGGGCGAAUUAUUCAAGGCGGCGCUAUGAUGGGCCCGCAAGCCAACUGCAUGGGUCACCAACGAGGUUUCUUCUUUUCGCCAAUCAGCACCGAACAGAUCGUCAAAAGGCUUCAGCAAGAGAUGCGGAGUGCACGUCUCCAGUCCCAAGACCUCGGACGAACUGGUCAUUUCGUCCAAGCUCUACUUUCCAAAGAAGAGAUCAAGGACCUGGAGAAGCCAGAGGUUGCCGAGCCACCGAAAGCAAACAUGGUCAACGGCAACGGGAUGUCAUUCAGAUCAGAUAACAAGACCAGGUUUUCCGAUCCACCCGCACCCCCACCACAGCAGCCUCUGCCCGAGAAACCCGAUGUACCCUCGUUGAAACGAGGUAUUACUGAACGAGCCAAACCCAACGCUCAAAGCAUUUCCCCAAUCCGUCAAGAUGGGAAUGUGAGUCAGAUCCUGCAACUGACGGAGGCCCUGAACACUGCGAGGCGUGAGAUAGAAACUCAAACUUCGCGUAUGCGCGAUCUUGAAGAGAUGCUACAGAAGGAACGGCAAGCCCGUGAACUCGCAGAAGAGUUGGCCAGGAGGUUGGAAGAUUCAGCCGCGGCAAACACGAACGGUGCUCCUGUGAAGCUAAAUGGUGAGGAAGCGGCUCUGGAGGCGGCCUUCGAGCCUCCUGCGGAUGAAGCAGGUUCUCCCGAUCCCGAUACUCCGACAAACGACGUGGCCAAGGAUGCGCCAACUGAUACCGAGGUUAUUGAAACAUCAGCGACACAGCUACAUGCACAAAUUGAAACCAUGGUAUCAGAGAUGAAGGAUCUCCGACAACAGCUGGAGAAUUUCAAGCAAAGAACAGAGACGGCCGAGGCAGAAAGGGAUGCGGAUCGCAAGAGCUUGGCGGGUAUGGCACUGCAAAUUCGGAAAGAUGCCGAAGUGAGAGAAGCCGCCGCUCGGGAAAAGACACUCGCAGAUGCUCGCGCCGCGAAAACCCUCGACAAUCAGCGCGAAUCGUCACAGAAAUCCUCCACCAUGGUCAGCACACCAUCUUCGGGCUCAAGCCAGGGUCAAACGGUGCCAGGCGAGUCCAAUGAUCAACCAACGCUAUCACGAGCCAACACCAUAACACCGGAUUCAGCACCAGCCGGCAUGCUAACGCACGAGCAAACUCUGGCCGACAGCAUACCAUAUGCAUCAAUGAUAGGCGUGGUGAUACUUGGUAUGGGCUUGAUGGCGUAUAUCAACGGGUGGCAACCUCAACCACGGGUGGAGAGAUGA